CUUCUAUCUCCCUUCCUUCUCUCUAUGAAUCUAUUGUCGUCGUGGGUGCACGCACUGCACAUUUAUCAAGCCCCUGAAUUCCGCCGCCGGACUUAACAUUGCAAGCUCUGAUCAGGUUAUCGUUACAGUUGGUUGCUGGCCUAGGCCUAGUGCAGUUCAGAAAUGGAGCGUCGAUCUGUGUCAGAUCUGAUAAGCCAGUUUGAGCCCUUAUUGCGGAGAUUCGAGGACGACGAUGGCCUGGUAAUCACGGAAGCGACAGAGGAAGCCGGGUGCAAGGUGGGCGACAACUACAUGUCCGUCGUUAUGCGAGCGACCGUGAAGGGGUCGCGUGGAAAUGGAACAAGCUACGCCAAAUCGAUAGUGACCAAGUACCUACCUCAUCACCGAGAAAUUACCCUGAUCUUCAGGACAGCCGAUCUGUUCAAGAACGAGAGUUACUUCUACGAACGACUUCUACCUCUGUUUGGGGACUUGGGACCGACCUGCAUCCACGCUGAUGGAGACAAAAUUUUAAUGGAGGACCUGAAACACCUCGGAUACUCGGUCCUCGAACGACGAGAACUUCUCGAUCUCGAUCACAGCUUGGCCACUGUCAGAAUCCUGGGUCGAUUACACGCCUCGAGUUUGGCGCUGAAGUUGCGAGAUCCUCAGCGGUUCGAGGAGCUAGUGAGCCCGCUUACGGAGGCGAUCUUCCCUCAGGACACGAGGCCCAGUCUGGGAGUGUCGAUAAAUGAUUGCGUGAAGAUAGCCGUGGCUCAGCUGCAAUCGAUCGAGCCGAAGAGCGAGGAGCUCGAGAUCGGCAUACAGUUCCUGAAGAGCUUUGGUGAGAGCGUCUACUCGGAGGUGCAGAAGCUGGUGGUCCCUGGUCAGGGCGAGUUUGAUGUGUUGACCCACGGUGACUGCUGGAACAACAACAUCAUGUUCAAGCAUGACAAUGCCGGCAGAGUGGUGGACGUGAAGCUCGUCGACUUCCAAAUAACUCGGCAUGUUUCACCGGCUGUUGAUUUUCACUACUUCGUUUAUUCCAGCCCCAAGUCCUCCGUAGUUGAAGAUAACUAUGACGACCUUGUCCAGGCCUACCAUUCCGCCUUCGCCGAGACCCUCGAGAGGAAGUCUGUUCCACUGGAAGCCCGCCAAAGACUAAGUCUUGAGUGGUUCAACGACGAGCUCAGGAAAUGUGCCAAGUACGGAAUAUUCACCGCAUGUUGGAUCAUCCAAGCCAUUCUUGCCGAGGAACAGGACACCGUGAAUAUGGACCACGUCACCAUAGAUUUCAUGAAGGAUUUCAUGAACAGGCACAUUCAGGUCAAGCCUAAAGUCGCUGAGAGGCUCAAGUGCUUACUUGUUCAUUAUGUACGUAGGUACAAAAGAAACGCUGAUGAAGUGAUUCGAAAAUUUCCAAAGCAAAUGGAACGAUUACUUGACGUGUACAUAUUUGAAAAGUUGUCCGAUACUGCAAAAUUAUCGAUUUUCAUGGACUACGGGUCGAUGAACGACAAAAGUUAUCUCUACAGCUUUGAAGGCACAUCUAAUCGCGCAACUGACUACCUUAGAAUCAGUGGAUUUCGGUCAGAGGUAAACGAACGUAACAGUCGACUACAACGGAUUGUAUACAUCGUUGAUUUGUGGAACCGUACCAGUUUAGCUGAGCAAAGGUUCGCCGAUAAUCGGUUUGACAACAAAUCGAACUUAAAGGUCGUGGAAAUAUCCGAAAUCACAAUAUUUCGAAGCAGUAACUUGCACGCCAUCAAACUAUCAGUUUUUCAAGUCAACAGAAUUUGGAAAAAAAUUAAUCCACUGGAGCAGAAGUUCGAGAAGAAGAGCAACGAGAUUGAGAAACGACCGGAGAAAGCAGCCAAAACCAUGGACCUUCAGUUUUUGCAACAAGUACUGCGAAAGUGGGAAAAGGAUUCACGCCUUGAACUGACCUCGGUCAAUGAGACUCCGGCUUGCGGGCUCGGCAUCAACUUCAUGUCGGUGGUAAAUAGAAUCUGCGCAAAAGGAAAACGCGGUGACGGUUCGCCGUACGAAGUCAGCCUGAUAACGAAGAAAGUUCUAGAUGACGAGUGUCAUCAGAUGGUAUUUAAGAGCUUCGAGAUAUUUUUGAACGAAGUAAAAGCGUACAAAGCGUUAUCUCACCUCCUUGGCGAGAACCAGAAGCUGAUACCAAACUGUCUCCACGCUGAAGAUGAUCUGUUAAUACUGGAGGACAUGAAGGACCAGGGAUUCACGAUGCUCGACAAGAGAAAGGGUCUCGAUAUCGAUCACGCGAUACUUGUGAUGAAGGCCCUCGCUGAAUUCCACGCCGCGUCUUUGAUCCUGGAGUACAACGAGCCGGAAAAGUACUCUGAAAUACGUAACGAGAUCAGAGAAGUACUAUUUCCGCCGGACGGUGAUCACGAGGGGAUCAAAGCCAUGAUCACAGCCCUUCCAACGCUCAUGAUGUUCUACCUGAAGGUCAGUGCCACCCCCGAAGAUGAUCACGCCAAGGAAAUGGCCUACUUCGAGGACAAGUCCGAGAAGAUGUACAACAUGCUGAAGGAGAUAAUAAAGCCGAAAAAAUUUGCCGUGAUGUGCGCAGGCGAUUGUUGGAUAACGAAUCUGCUCUUCAAGUACAAGGAAAAUAACAACGAUAGUCGAUCGGUGUCGGAGGUGCGACUGCUGGACUUUCAGGGCGCGAGAUUCGCUUCGGUGGCCAUCGACGUCCUCUACUUUCUCCACACGAGCGUCGAUCACAUGGUGAUAGAGGAGCGGCUCGAAGAUCUUUUGCAGGCCUACCACACGGUGUUCAUUUCCAGACUGUCUUCGAUCCCCGAAAAAACGCGCGACCAACUCUCGAUCGAAUGGCUGAGGAACGAGCUCAAGACUCACGAGCUCUACGGCUUCUUCAUGGCCCUCUGGAUCGCCCCGGCAACAACCCUGAACGAAGAACACACCAUAGACGGUGUAACCGUCGCCUCGGUAUCCGCCGGAAAUAAUCACACUCCGGAAUAUAUGCAGGACAAAUUGUCCGUUGCUCUUUUGACCAAGGUUCACGAAAAGUGCAAGUACUUUCUGAAAUAGAAAACACCGAUUAGAUAACGAUAGUUAAUACAUAGGUGCCUCAUGUUUUUCACAGUUUUGACAAAUCACCUUUUGACCAUUUCGAAGAAAGUAUAUUACUUGUGGUGUUCUGAUUAUUUUCAUCGUAGCUGCUGUAUCGGGUUUUAGUCACGUGUUCUCUUAUCUAUAUACAUCCUU